GUGCUAUUGAGUGAGAAAGUGAUUCAACAAUUGAUGGAGGGGGGGACCCCAAUAUCUUCUGAUUGUCCACAGCUCAACUAGUCAGUAGACACAAUUCCAGAGGGAAAGAAAGGUUGCAGUUUGUCUUAUCAGUGAAGAUUUAUAUUUCUCCAAAAUGUCAGUAGAUGUUCAGAUGCCCCAAAUCCAUGUCAUUGGUAAGCUGAAGGAAAUUCCUUUGGUCGAGUGUGCCUACAACACGUCCACAGAUGUCUACAAGAAGGUGAAGGAGAGCAACGGGUUGCUGGAGUGGACCCUCCAGUCCGCCGAAGGUGCCUUCAUGACCGCCCUGGAAGUCGUCGCUCCAGUGGCCAACAAGCUCCAGCAGCCGAUCCAAGUAGUUGAUGACACUCUGUGCAAGGGUUUGGACGUACUGCAGGAGAAGGUCCCGAUCGUCAAGGAACCUCCGGCACAGAUUGUAGAAACAGCAAAGACUAAGGUUUCACAACUAUCGGCUUCAACAGUUGAGCAAGUCCAUUCAAUUACCAACAAAAGCUGGGAUAAGGCAAACGAGGUCCUUUCUUCCACUCGCUAUGGAAACGUAGCUCUUUCUGGAUUGGAUUCCGCCUCUAAUGUCGCCGAUCGCUACAUUGACUAUUAUCUACCUGCAGCAGAAGGAGAAGAAAACAUUCACCCUCACCCAAGCUCCGAAUGUGAAGAUAAAGUAUUGCAUACAGUACACACCGUUGGCACCCUUUCUACAAAGGUCGGAAGGAGAGUCUAUACUCGUGUAGCUCGACCAGCUGCGCAAGAAGCUCAAGAAAUGUCAGAAAUUAAACCUAAAAAAGAAUAGCCAUAAUUUUUUGCCUUCUUGUUUAUAUGUUCAAUUAAUAAUAAUUUGAUAAACUAAGAUUAUCAAGAUACUUAAAGUUUUAUAAAUCCAAAUAUCAUUUAUACUUUUAUAUAUCUACAUGUAUAUGUAUGUGGUUGUAAUGAUUUGUUUUGUUUAAUCUGUUAAAUAAAAUUACUUUUUUUUAUUU